ACUGCUGUUUCUGCCAGAAAGGCUCCGGCUAUUAUGAUGUUCAGCUCCUUCUACAACUCUCCACCCUGUGGACUCACACCUGUUCAGAGCAUCUUCUCCUGCCUUCAAGGAAUCACAGAAACUCUUUGUUCAGCCUCCGCCACACAUGUAUGUUUCAAGUAGACUGGAAUGGAUGGUUAGUUCCAGAGAGAGAUGUCCUUCAGUGCCAACACAAGCAAACCUACACCAGCAUUACCUCUGCUCUUCAGUGGCUCCACCGCUUCACACUCUCUGCUUUGGGAGAAGGAAAGGGCCGAUCAGGACUCCGUACAGGGAUGGUCUACGAACAAAACCCACAUUAUCUCAGACCUCUCUGUUCUUGAGCACGAAGAGCAAUGCCACAUGUCCCCCAUCCUCACGACAUGCCUUGUGGUAUGGUACAGUGUUACAAUGGUGCUGGGGCUGGUAGGGAACAUCGGCCUCAUUUGCAUCAUCACCCAUCGCAGAGAGAAAGUCAAUGUCACAAGCAUUUUCAUCUGCAAUCUGUCAUUUUCUGACAUUUUGGUUUGUGUGUUCUGUCUCCCCUUCACUGUCAUUUAUACACUUAUGGACCACUGGGUGUUUGGGUCUCUGCUGUGCCGUCUGGUGCCGUUUAUUCAGUGCGUCUCUGUGACAGUGUCAGUGCUGUCUUUGGUUUUCAUUGCUUUAGAAAGACAUCAGCUCAUCAUUAACCCAUCUGGAUGGAAACCAAGCAUUCCCCAGGCCUACAUGGCUGUCAUUUUUAUCUGGGUGCUUGCCAGCUUCACAUCCACGCCUUUUUUAGCCUUUCAGUUGCUCACUAAAGAGCCAUAUACCAAUGUAGUGCUACCACUCCACCCACAGCUGUCUCCCCAUGUUUAUCUCAAUGCAUCUCCUCCCCAGUUUGUCUCACCUUCCUACAGAAACUCAUCUGUGCCUUUAAAUAUAUAUCGCUCUCUCUUCUCUUAUGUCCCCACCUCCCCACACAUGGAAGCCUGUGUGGAGCAGUGGCCAUCUCAUGAACACAGGGUAGCGUACACCACAUGGCUUCUUCUUUUCCAAUACUGCGGUCCACUCUUAUUGGUACUACUCUGCUAUGUCAGGGUUUUUGUUCGCCUUCGUCACCGCAAAGACAUGUUGGACCGUGCCAGGACCCCAGAAAACCAGCGCAUCACCAACAGCCGGCGAAUCAACAUCAUGCUGGUCGCUCUCAUAACAGCCUUUGCCCUUUGCUGGCUGCCCCUCACCAUUUUCAACGUGUUGGCCGACUGGAACCUGGAGGCUCUGCCCGUCUGCCACCACAACCUGCUUUUUUCCCUCUGCCACCUCCUGGCCAUGUCUUCCACCUGCAUCAACCCCAUCAUUUACGGCUUCCUCAACUCCAACUUUCGACAGGAAGUGCGGGAGGUGCUGCUCCACUGUCGCUGUUUCCCACAAGAAGAAGAGUUUGAGCGUUUUCCCAUGUCCACAGUACACAUGGAAAUGUCUCGCACCUCUGUGCCUCCUCAGUGCAGAAGCAACUCAGUGUGACAUUCAUGCAUACUUCAUGUCUCAAAAGUAGGAGCUAGUUAAAUAAACUUCAGUUCAUGUAGUGUGUAUUUCUGUGUUAGUUCUUCUUAAUCUGUACAUCCAUAUAAUUAACAUGGUAACUAAUAAAAGUAUUUGUUUUAAAAGAUUAGAGGUAAUUUAAAGGUUUUAGUUUAAGGUUGUUAAAAAGAUGUUUGGUUAAACACCUAUCACAGCUACAGCAUGUUUUGUGGUUAUAGCAUUUUUGCAAUGUAAAUGUGAUUUUUACAGUCAAGAAUAAUAUGGGUAGUUUUGUGCUUUAUGACAAAGGUAAAAAUAUAUGGCUUAUUAACAUGGUUUACAUUUCUUUUGAUGAGCUAAGUUGUUUAUUAGCUGUGUUUGGGCUUUGUUUUGUAUAAAUAUUAAAAUGUCUAUUUAUUCGUUAUGAGCUUAUGGAGAAACUGAACAGCAGAAAAGUAGUAGGAAUCACUUUAUAAUGCUAAUUUACAUGUCCAGAAAAAUUGUUGCAUGUUUGAGGUUUUACUGCUCAAACAUUUUGUUUAACAAUUUCGUGUCCAUCUGUACUUUCAUGAAAUGUUUUACUCACUUUGUGAUAUAAAUAAAUAAAAAGAUUUCUUCAAUUUUUAGCUUUACAAACAAUAUUACUGUUACCUAUAAGCCAAGUUGCUAAUAGGUUGAUUUAAUGUUUCCUUAAAUUGAAAAGUUUGUGUACUUUACAUUAGUUUUCGGUAAAUUUUAUUUUGAAAUAUAUGACUUUGACCAAAUAUUUUAGACAUCCUCAUGCAAGCUUCUUGAAAGCGUUACCCCUUUCCACCUGUCAGAACUAGAGUCAUUUGCUCAUAUACACGUUUUUAGCUUUUACUACCAGGCUUUGAAAAUAUGAACUUUGUUGUCUUUAAGUCACUUUGUGACAAAUUUGUUUGAAUGCAGAGGAUCACAGUCCAUUUUUACGACCUAUUUUUCCCAUGCUUACACUCCGAUGUUGUGAUAUGUUGCUUCAAUAUCUCCUCUUGAUCUUCUUUCAUUGCAUUGACACCUGUUUGUUUAUAACAGCAGCCUCUCCUGCAGCUAUAAUACUUUAUGGUUCGGAUGGUGGUGUUAGGUUUGCAAAAUGUAAGGUCUUUGUUCAUGAGCACAUUAACAAACUAAAAUCUAGCUUUUCAUAUUGUUUUUGGAGUAAUGGUUUUCCAGUCACUAAGUGGUCUUUUAGCCAAUGUCAGUACCAGAUCCACUUCACUUUUAACAUUGACAGUUUCUUUCAAGCUCCUGGCAGUAUCUUCAUAUUGUUCUUCUGUUUUUCUGAAGUAAAUAAGCACAGUUCAACCUAAAAUGUUUAUAAUAUCAUUAUGAUGUUAAUGCUUGCCUGUAAUUGAUUAAACAGAUAAAUGAGGCACCAUUUGGGAAAUGUAUUGUUCCCAAGGAUUUAGAAAACAUAUGGAGGUUUAAAAUUGUCCUCAUGAUCUCUUGCCCAGUUAACAUUUUUUUUUUUUUUUUUUUAUGAUUUAAUAUCAGGAGGAAGCGUGUUGGAUGAUCGUUUAACUGAAAUGUACAACAUGUAUACUAUCAGAGACUGACAAACUCAUGACAUCAUUCAAGCUUUUCCAAACUGUUUUAUUUAGGAGGGAAUGCUGCAGGUAUUUGAUUGGAUGCAAUCUGCUGGAUUCCCUUUCUACAUUAUACCUUAUAACCAAUUUAAAAAAAACUGAAUUAAAAAGCAUUGUGUGGUGACUAGGAUGUAAUUGGAAUGUAGGUUAUUGACUUUAAAACUUUCUGUAUGGUUAGAUUAAACUGAGUGAUUUGUAAUGAAAAUGAGGCAUUGUUGGUUGUGAAUUGGUGCUAUGUAAAU